AUGACAGAUGCCGGAGAGACCUCUGGGGGGCACAUACUGCCCAGUCGCACAAAGGUCCCGGCUUGCCUUACCUGCUGCACAGGCGAACAGCUGCAGGAUGUCAGGCUCGAACGAGGUCCGGACGAGGCCUUGGCGGAAAACUUCAAGUCAGAUCAAGGCCUGGCCACGGACCAGCCCAGGCUUGCGUCUGGAUUGGAAGACGAAGCCCAGACCGCGCAGGCCUUGGGACUGCGAAUGGCGCUUGUGGAGGUUCAACAAGUUUGUCCGAUAUUUCAGCAAGAGCCCGACGACGAUUUCCCGGCGCAGGCGGAAGAGCCUGUCUCUGAGGACGAGUGGGUGCCAAGGCCAAGAGCAUCGAUUGUUCAGGCUGCUCCGCGCAAAAACAGAAAUUCAAUCUCCACCAGGUCCUCCCCGCCACCGCGUGGACUCAUUGCGCGAAAGCUUGGGGACCGGUAUGACUCCCGCUUCAUCAACUGCACGCGAAAAGUGGUCACAUCAAGGGCAUGGGAUGUGGCUUCCAUGCUGGUUGUGCUGUGCGCGCUCUUCCUGACAGACAUCUAUGGCGUGGCUCAGGCUCCGGAGAACACGUCAUUGGACAUCUUGCUGACGGGCUGCUUCUGCUUCUUUCUUGCCGAGCUGCUUGCCAACACGCUGACCAUGGAGUCGUAUCUCAACAGCUUUUUCUUCUGGAUGGACAUCAUUGGCACCGCCUCAAUUAUCUUCGACAUAUCGAUAUUUCUGGGCAGGGAUGUCACUCAGAGAGAGAGGUCGACAGGGCAGUCUGUGGGAAGUGACAACGCGGUCUUUGCCCGCGCCUCGAGGGCGGCAAAACAAGCGGCUCGCGCCGGUCGAAUGUCGCGGCUGCUGAAGCUGCUUCGCUUCCUGCCAUUCCUGCAGAACAAGGAGCAAAGUGGACAGCAGGUUGCAAACGCUGUCUCCAACAAGCUGACCGUGAUGCUUGCGACAAGGGUCGCUUUUCUAUCUGUUUGUAUUGUUAUUCUCAUACCUCUUUUCAGCACCUUCAUGUACCCGGAGGCAGAGGAUUCCAUGACUACCUGGGCAACCCUAUUGUCUGGUGAUGUUGGUGCAUAUUUCGCCAGCCCAAGUACUGGUGCUGCGAGCUGGAUCAAUGAGCAGCUGCUGCAGUUCACAAGCUUCUACGUCAACUUGCCAUAUGGUCCCUUCGGGAUUUGUGUUCGAGCCAGCACCUCUGAUGGCUUUGACUGCUCAGCAGGAGGCUCCAUCCCUGACCUUGUCUUCCAGCCCACGUUUUCCGAGCCCCAGCGUCAGUCCUCGGUGUUCGAAGUGCAGUCCAUCUACGUGAUCCUCAUGUUUAAUCUCGGCGAGGUUAAACAGUAUGAGGCUCUUUCAAAUCUCUGCUGUAUGAUCGUUGUGCUUGUGGUGAUGUUUGUCGGCUGUCUGAUGAUGAGUUCAAGCGUCAACUCCGUGGUCCUGAAGCCGCUCCAGAGGGUGGUGAAAGUCUUGCGAGAACAUUGCGCUGAGAUCAUGAAGAUGGCUUUCCAGAUCCGAGAGAAGACUGACAACGACAGCAAGGAGUUUAGUCGCAACGCACCGACAGAAGCGGAUGCAGAGGAAAGUGAGUUGGACCUCCUGCAGAAGGUUCUGACGAAGAUUGUCAACAUCUGCGAGGUUGUCAUUCCGACUCGAAGACGGGCAUCCAACCAGGAAGAGUUCGUUUUCUUGGUUGACUACGGUGCAGAAAGUCGUGCCGCUGGCCAUGUCGCUGCACCCAUUAUGCGCCUUGAGGUCGCCGACCAGGUCGAAGACACAUCGGCUGGGGUCAAUGAAGACAUGAAGCAAAUGUUGGACAACAGAUUACUGAAUGUCUUCCAGGUGCCGCCAGAGCAGCAGCGGAGAUUGGCCUUUCACCUCAUGGCCAACACACGCAGCUGCCGAAGAUGGGUGAGGAGGCAAGCCUUGUCAGAGAAGCUAAUCAACUUCAUUGCUGCAAUACAGAGCAGGUAUUUGAGCAAUCCAUUUCACAACUUCUCGCAUGGGCUUGAUGUCCUCUCUGAAGCUCGGUUGUACCUACACAGCAUCAAGUCCUACACGCUCCUGUCAGAGGUCACAGUUUUCUGGUUUUUGAUUGCAGCCUUGGGCCACGACGUCGGCCACCUGGGCGUCAACAAUCAGUUCCUUGUGGAAACCUCGCAUGCGUUGGCGUUAAGGUAUAACGAUAAGUCAGUCCUGGAGAACCUGCACUGCAAGCUGCUUUUCGAGGUCCUCAGCGAUGCCAAGACGAACGUGCUGGAGGUCUUAGACAAGGCCGACUACAAGUUGGCCAGAUCAGGGAUGGUGGAAGUCAUCCUGGGCACGGACAUGGUCCGCCACAACGAGGACAUCAAGGCCUUGUCGAUCGUGUAUGCCAUGCAUCAGGAGGUUUUCGAAGCAGCUGCAGAAGAUCCGAGCCAGCUGAGCCAGGCUUUGCAGGAGGAUACCAAGAGCCGCCUCAAGGUCUUAUCAUCUUUGCUUCACACUGCAGAUGUUUCCAAUCCGAUGAAGCCUUGGGCGAUCUGCGAGCCCUUGGCAGACCUGUGCUUGGAAGAGUUCUUCGCGCAGGGCGACAAAGAGAAGGAGCUUGGCAUCCCGGUGCAGAUGCUCAAUGACAGAGACAAGGUGAACCGGCCAAACUCCCAGGUUGGCUUCAUUGAGUUCGUGAUUGCACCGUUGGCAGAGCAAUUGGCGCUGAUAUUUCCCGCGCUGGCUUUCCUGCCGGCUAACCUCAGCGCGAACACGCAACACUGGGCUGAGAUUUGGAAGCAGACGUCGAGUGCAUCGGCGGAAGAGCUUGAGAAGUUUGACGCGCGGAUCUCCAAAGUCACUGGCCGCUUCAAAGCCUUCAACCAGAGGCGGGAGGUAAACACGAGGCAGUCCAUAUCGGCACAGAGCGAGGUCUCCACGUGA